GUGAAAGGGUUAUCUGUACAAAACAUUUUACGUCGUUUUCGGGUUAAAUUACCAAAAUGAUCCUCCCUCUCUCGGCCUCCUCUCUCACGCUCACUUUCUGUAUACACUCUCUUGCUUUCCAGCGGCCAUCCAACGUUCUGAUCCCACUCUGAUGAUCCACUGUAAUGUUCCCAAGACUACCGCUAAAAAAAUGGAGAAAGAGGGUAAUGGGGUAGUAGAGGAAAAGAAAAGAGAGAAAUUGAAGGAAUUGAUGCACCUACCUCACAGUCUUUUGUAAAUUAUGUGCUCUUGGCCUUUGUCUAUGGGAUCACCAUGCUUUCUAGAAGGAAAGCUUUGAAGGCAAAGUGGUAUUACUACAUACUGCUUGGAUUAGUAGAUGUAGAGGCCAAUUACCUUGUGGUAAAGGCCUACCAAUACACAUCUAUAACAAGUGUAAUGUUACUUGAUUGUUGGGCAAUCCCUUGUGUGUUACUAUUCACUUGGCUAUUUUUGAAAACAAAAUAUAGACCGAGGAAGAUAAUCGGUGUCGUGAUCUGUGUGGCUGGCAUCGUCGCGGUUAUCUUUUCGGAUGUUCAUGCCGGUGACCGGGCAGGAGGAAGCAACCCCAUUAAAGGGGAUGCGCUGGUUAUUGCUGGUGCUACCCUUUAUGCUGUCAGUAAUGUCAGUGAGGAAUUCCUUGUGAAGAAUGCUGGCAGAGUUGAAUUAAUGGCAAUGCUUGGUCUCUUUGGCUCAAUCAUCAGUGGAAUCCAAAUAAGCAUAAUAGAGCGCAACGAGUUAAAAUCAAUUAAUUGGACACCUAAGGCAGCACUUCCAUUUGUUGGAUUUUCAGUGGCUAUGUUUCUCUUCUACUCAUUAGUUCCUGUAUUGCUUCAGAUCAAUGGAGCAGCAAUGUUGAAUCUGUCUUUGCUUACUUCAGAUAUGUGGGCUGUUGUAAUACGCAUUUUUGCCUAUCAUGAGAAGGUUGAUUGGAUAUACUUUGUGGCAUUUGCUGCUGUUGUUGUUGGGCUUGUUAUUUAUUCAGUGGCUGACAAAGACGAAGAUCGCAGCCAUGCUGAUGUUGCCAAUGUAGUUGUAGAUGAGGAAGGAGGUUCAAGAAACCACAAGAUGGACGAAAGAAUCGUCACUGAAGGCAGUAGUAGUAGGCCAGAUGGUGUUGUCGGUGGUGGCAAUGCAAGGAUGGAAGGCAUUGACAAGAAGGGUGAGAUAGGUCUGGUAGAACCAAAAUAACUGAAAUCGAGAACUUUAAAAGUAAUGUUCCAUUAAAAGAUAGAAUUGAUCAAUUCCAAAGUGUAAUUAGAUAAUGUAGACAACUUCUGUUAAUGCAUAAAUGAGAAAAUGUCCACAUUUUUAUUUGAUACAA